ACUACCCACACGACGUGUCCAUGCAUUCCUAUUCAAACACCCCAAGCAUGAAGACUAAGAAGGACAACUGGUACCUUCUAGAGAAGCUGUUCAAGAAAUUGGGUAAGAGGAGAUUCAAAUGGUGAACAAAUUACUGUUCCCGAUCCGGAGCCGAGCCUGAGUCCGAGGCUGGACAGGUUGGAAAAGACACUGAAUGCCAAUCCAGGGCUUCGUUUUGGCAGGGGGGGAGAUUUGAGUUCCGGCAAGAUCAGACGGCCUGCGGCAGACGGUAGGAUAGAUUGGGGCCUCCCUCUCGGCAGCGGUUGCCACUACGCGGAGCUGAACGUUGAAGAAGACCGAGAUGAAGUUUGCCGGCGGAGCUCGACCACUGAGGAUCGCUUUUACGUUGACAACAACAACAAAAACCACAACCACAACCACAAUGAUGCUGCUACUCCUAAAGAUAGCAAUUGUAGUUAUUAUUAUCAUAAUAAUAAUGAUAAUGAUAAUAGUCGUGGCGAUCGGGAUGACGAUGAGGAUGAUGUCAACAAAAACUGCCAUCCCAUGCGUGAUGGAGGUUGGAAGGUUCGACAGCAGCAGAAGCAGGCACACUCUUCUUCCCCUCCGUCCUUCCCGGUUGAUGUGACACGUCAUCAUUCGUCCAAUGGGCAGACGACAGGUGAGAUGAUGUUGCUGGAAGAUGAUGUGUCGUCAAGUGGGGGAGAGGACUAUGGCGUAGGUGCUGCUGAGGAGGACAAACAGAGUUGGCAUGUGCAUGCACAGGAGCAAGGGAGAGGGAGGAUAUGGCUGCAACCGGACUAUGUUGCUGCCAUCGAAAGCUCGGCGAUGGCAACGACAACAAGGAGCGGGGGGGACGAGAAUGGACGUCGCCAUGGCUGUGGUGAUAUGACAGAUAGAGUGGGGCGGCGUGGAAGAAGGGAGGGGAGAGAGCGAGGUGACCCACUUGGCGGGCUUUGUGAGAAUAAAGAGGGGGUUGGUCGGAGUCAAAGUCAAAGGAGACUCAAUGCUGUGGAAAGGGCAAGGCAGAGGGAGAGAGAACGGGAGCAGAAUGCGGUGAAAAUGAUGUCCACCCAGUGCACUCCCGACGCUGCUGGCAGAAGAAAGUACCGCACGAUGGAUUACAAGCCUUACACGCAGGCAGACUACAAAAGGCAACAAGCUGCUGGGUAUGUACUCCUAGGAAAGCUGGGUCCUGACGUGGACACUGAGGAGCACCAGAGCAAGAAGGAGAGGAUUCAGAAAAUGAAAGAGUUCGGCAGAAUCGCGCGCCAUGCAAAUAUUAUUAAAAUGCUGCAUACAGAAAAGCCCCAGAAAGCGAAGGACAAGGAGAACAAGGCAGUAUCGGCGCGAGAGAAGGUUGUAGUUCCUUGCACUCCUUCCUUUCCUUAAUUUUCUUUAACCCUUUUUCCCCUCGCUUAAGCCACCAG